UCAGAUAUCUCAGCCUCAGAUACUAGCCAAUCCAUCAUAGUGGACUUUUCUCAGAAACUGUGGCGAUCAACGUCCCGAGACAUAUUGAGGGCUUAUCUACACCCCACUUUUGAGGAUAUCUGAGCCAGAAUAGGCAUGCGAAGUCCCGAACCAUGCAGAACAUAGCCAUUUCCGCAUCAAAUGAGAAGAGCACUAGUCUAUGCGAAGCACCGAUUCUAAAUCCGAGAAGGGCGCCUAAAAGCCGCAAUGGAUGUUUACGUUGCAAGGCCAAAAGGUUGAAAUGUGACGAAACGAAGCCCGGAUGCCAGCAAUGUGCCAAAAAGAAUGUGACUUGCCCGGGAUAUAAGUCCAAGUCGCUGGUCUGGUCUACUAAACAUGAGAAAAUGAUGGUGCCGAAUUCGGAUGGGUCGUUCCCUUCGACUUCAAGCAUUUCUGCUGCAGGACCUUCGAAUCCACCCUCUAUGAUAGACGAGAACCAAGUAGUCAAUUUUAAUGACCCAAUUUCUCAAAUUGAAUUCGAUAUCAGUCCCAUACCAACGGCUACUUCACCUAGAUCGCCAACUAUCGAGACCACCACAAGGAGGGAUUCAAACACAACCACGGACAGCUUGUCCGCCAUCAGACAACAGUUACAUCGCUCUACGGUACCUCAAUUUCUCUUGCAUCUGCCUACAAUGCUAGUAGAGUACUACUUCAGCUAUGUGUGUCAGAUCUUCUCCUCGUUCGAUGGAACACUCAAUCCUUUCCGAUCGACUGUUGGAAGAUUAUGGGACGGCUCAGCUCCAAUCUACUAUGCAAUACAGAGCAUGGCUGCUGCAUAUCUGGCUAAUCACUUCCCACGUAUGUCUCCUGUGGGGUUGCAGAUGCAAAGAGAGACCUACAGAUGUCUUUACCAAGUCCCGCAAGGCGGGAAGAAUCCGGCAGAGAAUUUGGACAAGACGCUUUUGACGGUUCUCCUUGUUGGCCAAACCACAGCAUGGCACGAUCCGAAGGACUUGGGUCUUGUACAUCUGAAGACUGCAAAGAGGUUAAAUCGACGGCGACUCGAGCAGCAAGGUGGUGUCGUGGAUAGCAGAGCACGUCGUCAGAAUGAGUUCUUCGAGCAGUGUAUUUUGUACUGGGACAUGCUUGCUGGAUUCGUCGAAGAGGAUAUUGAUGAGUUUGGGUUUGAAGAAUUCGAAAUUCGGGAUAUUAUUCCCUCCACGUCACCUAAAAGUGAUACCUCUGAGGAGGGUGACAAGGUGUUCCCACAUCCAUGGACGGGCAUUGCUCCUAAAGUACAGAAGCUCUUUGCCCAGGUUGGUAGGCUCAUUAGAAGCUAUCGAAAGAGCACUGCUCAAGAGGCUGGAUCUCUCGAUUUUCUAUCCCUAGAUCUCGGAUUCAACAUGGAUUUUCCACAAGACUCCGCUGCCACCAUCGAAGCAACAGCGAAAGCUUCGGCCCUCGAGGAAGAACUCCUUGCUUUCGAACCACCUUCAGCAUGCAAUCUCGUCGAUGCAGGAGAUGAAAACACCCCAGUCCACCAAUACAUCCUUUUAGCAGAAUCCUAUAAAUGCGCCGCCCUCCUCGAAAUCUACCGCAUCUUCCCAUUCAUCCUAUUCAAACGCGUCCCGUUCACUUCCAAUACAUUUGCAUCCUCCUCUGUCGACCCCGCAAUUCACAGCCUCCUUCCAAUACCAACGACCCAACCUCCUUCCGACUUCCUCAUCUCCCUCGCCAUACACACAGUUUCACUCCUCGAGAAAUUGCCUACUACAUCUGGCACGCGCUGUCUCCAACCAAUCGUGAUCCUAGCUGCUGGGUCCGAACUACGCUUCUCGCCUGCAUUAACUGCGGAUCCACUUUCUGGCUUCAUGCCUGCGACUUCGAGCUCUCUAUUCAAUAGUCUGACGAACAGAGAGGUAGAUAUUGCUUCUGCGAGGAGAUUUGUGACGACCAGGUUACAGGAAUUUCAACUUUCGUUGCCGGCGAAACCGAUUGUGAGGGCGUUGAUGUUGGUGCAGGAGACGUGGGCUAGGGCUGAUCUGGGACAGGAAGUUUUCUGGAUGGAUGUUAUGGAUGAGAUGGGUUGGAAGACUAUCUUUGGGUAA